ACAGGUGCAGGUGUGUGAUGGACCUGCGGCGUUGUAUCUGCUGCGCGGCGGUGUUUGCGUUACUGACAGGUGUUGACGGAGGCUGCGGCAGAAAUCAGUGGCAGUGUGAUGAUGGCGUGUGUGUGUCGCACAGAUGGCGCUGUGACGGUGUCAGUGACUGCCAGGAUGGAUCUGAUGAGAUGGACUGCAUAUGUCAGCCUGGAGAUGUGGAGUGUGCGGAUGGCUCCGGGUGUGUGAUUGGGUCGGGUGUUUGUGAUGGCCGGCCCCAGUGUCCCGAUGCUUCAGAUGAGUGGGACUGCAGCUGGCGUUUAGGGUGUCUGUCAGGUGACCGGAAGUGCAAGAACAACAUUUGCAUCCCACAAAAUCUUCUCUGCAAUGACGUCAACGACUGCGGGGACAACUCUGAUGAAGAAACCUGUGGUUCCUGUGGGAAGAUGAACAUCCGCUGUGCUGACGGCACGUGUCUAACCCCGAGACAGAGGUGUGAUGGAGUUGCUCAAUGCUCCGAUAAGAGAGAUGAGCCUCUUACAUGUGGUAAAAGUUGUCUUAAUGGGAAUGGCGGCUGUAGCCAUACUUGCAUUGACCAGCUUUGGGGAGCUUUGUGCACUUGUCCCACUGGAAUGACUGUUUCUGCAAAUGGACUUGAUUGUGAAGAUGUCAAUGAGUGUGCCCAGUCUUUUGGAUCUUGUAUGCACUUGUGCACAAAUACACCCGGGUCUUUUCGCUGUCUGUGCCAGAAUGGUUUCAAAGCUCUUGGCAAUGGCUCUUGUGAAGCUCAAGGAGCCGUGACGAAGAUUUUGAUGACCAGGAAGGGGCUGAUUGGGUUAGUGAAUAUGAAGACCAGAAUCUAUGAGCCGCUCUUUACAAGUGAGAGUGACCCUAUAGCCAUGACCUACGAUAUCCAAAGAAACUUAAUCUACUGGGCUGAUAAAGAUGGGAAUAUCUACAAGGCUUUUAAACGGAGGAGCACAAUUCUUUAUUCAGGCUAG